CCGGGCGCAUGCCGUUGCGCUCCCCGCCGCUAGGCGCGCUCGCGUCGACGUUCGGUGCGGGGCGGAUCGCAGGCUCAGAGCCUUUGCUGUCGCGUGCCCGACGCCGCCGCCCCCCCCAAACCUUCCUCCUGACCGGCCGCUCAGCCGCCGCUGACGCCGCCGCCCCCGCCGCUGCCGCCCUCGCCAGCCGCCGCCAUUUACUGCUGGCUGAGCACCUCCGCGCCGACGGCGAGGCCAUCGUACGUCAUGCCCGGCGGAGGCAAGAAAGAUAUAUCGCCACAACUUCUGUUUCAGUUCAUGACAACGACCGUGAACAAACGAGGUUGAAAAAAGUUACUUAA